AUGGUUGCAUGGGCGCUUUGUUUCUUAUGGCUACAACCAAUUAGUGCCAUCAAAGAUAUCAGCGCGUCGGUCAGUUCAUCUGGCAAGAUGCGGCUGGACACAGGUCGCCUGCUUGACUUCAGCCCCCGCCUGCUCAGAAAGGAAAGACCUGAAGUUGCUCUACUGGCCACAGAGCCAGCAUUGGGACGAGCUCCGCAAAUUGCCCAAAGAGCACCGCAGAAGGCGAAAGCUCCGACAGGCCAAGGCGGCCAAGGCGGCCAAGGCACCGUGUCUGCUCUAGGAGUUGCUCCGCAGCUCGAAGUGGAAAGCGUUCAGCUGGCAAACGACAGGCCAGCCCUGGGCAGUUUCUCCAAAGUACGCAGACGAAGAGAAGCUGCCUCGUCUUAUGAGUCAACCACAACUGAGGAGAGGGAGGGACGUGAAGAAGCCGGAGAUCAGACAAGCACCAGCGAGACUAGCAGCACCACUGCAAGUAGCACUGAAGAAGCAGAAGCCUCAACUACAGACGAAAGCUCCUCCGACUCCGAGGAGUCUGAGCAGUCUGAGGGAGAAGGGGAGAAUGCAGAAACAACCUCCGAGGAGCCACAGGACGAGCUUGAAGAAGCUGCAGAUACCACAACAAGUGCUAAGGCGGCAACCACAACUGAGGCAGAGACAGGGGCCACGUCCUCCACGACUGCUCAGGUUGAAGAGGGUAUGCAGGACGAAUCUACAACCACGAGUGCAGAGGAGGACGAGGAGUCUGCACAGGACACCUCCAAGCAGUCUAGUACGGAUUCGGAGAGCACCACCGAAUCCAGCGAGGAGGAGGAGGGAGCUAGCACAAGCAGCCAGAGGCGGGAGCCCACAACCUCCACCAAAGCAACAACAGCAACAAGUAGAACAACCACAAAGCGCACGGCAAGAAAGAGGCGCGAGCGUUCGACUAGCACCACCACCAGCACCACUGCCAGCACUACCCGCACAAUGCCAAAGACCAGCACCACCGCCACCACCACCACCAAGAAGUCGGCGCGGAAGCCUUCCGGGAAAGCCACUUCCACAACCGCUGUCAGCAGGAGAAGCACAACCACUGUGCAACCUAAAAAAUCAACCACAUCAGCAUCGACCACUACACCUGCGAGGGACAAGCCGCGCACUCAGACGACAACCAAAAAACCUGGCAGAACAACAUCUGCGCAGCGCGCUUCAUCCACGACAUCGACACGGAGUCCUGGCAGCAGCACUUCCAGAGAAAGCACGAAAGGUACGUCCACCACGCCGGCUGGCAGAACAGCAUCGUCAACUGUUUCAACUUCACAGACAUCAGGUACAACCACGACAACUACCUCGACUAGGUCCGUCCGCUUGUCCACAACGCACACGGCAACUUCCACAAAAGCACAAGAUCUCACUACGUCUGUGUCUUCUAGCGUUCUUGCGAGCACCGCUUCGCAAGCCGAGCCCACCGGGACUGCAUCGUCAACGACUCAGGAAACAAAGCCGAUCGCAGCCCAAAGCUCCUCUACCACCACUUCGACAACCACGACAAGCACCACCUCUUUUACUUCUACCACAUCCCAAACAAGCACAACAUCCACUCUCACCACUCAAGUGCCCACAAGCACCACAAGCACCACAAGGACCACUGUGACUGUCACAACGACGACUGACAGGGUGGUUCCUGUAUGCCAAGGACCAGCAUUGGUUUGUGAUCCUAAGGAGGCAGACCCGUGCAAGUACCAGAACCCGUGCAUUGGCUACCAAAUGUGCCAAGAAGGUGUAUUUAAGCCGUGUGUGGACUUCACCAGCGGUGGAGAGAGUGGUUGCGAACUCUCUCAGGACGUUUGCGACGGCACCAAGCUACAUCCACUUCUACUUGCUCGGUUGUCGGCAGGACUUGUCCAGUAA